AUGCCUGUGUGUACCAUCGUGGAGAAGUGUAACGGCCAUGUGUCGGGAGCCCAGCUGUCUUGUAGUGUCAGGGAAGAGAACAAAGCGCAGAGGGAGAGCUACUGUGCCGACUGGACAAGCGUCAGCCUCAAGACUCAACCCGAAGAACGAAAGUCAAUGAACAUGAAGGACACCUCGCGCAAGGAGACCCUGAGCCGGCAGUGGAGGGCCUCCCCUCUCACCCAGUCCUGCCCGUCCGGCGUCGUCCGCGUGGGCACGGUGGAGCGCGGCGUGAGGGAGCACCAGCUUCUGCCCAAGCGAAACACCCUCCCCCUGCCCAUCUUCACCCCCGCCGAGCUGGGCGUCCGGCUAGGCCGCGGCGCCCCGCACGCCCCCGAGGACCUGCGGCCCGGCCCGGCGACGCACGGCAUCUGCCCCUCUAAGAGGAGCGUCGUUGAGAUCACGCGGGACCUGCCGCCCGUCAAGCCCACUCUCAUGGAGUUCUCCAAGGCGCCCAAAGCCCUGGGCCGCUCCAUGUCCCAGGAGGCCCAAAGAGGGUGA